AUGGGCACGCCACAACCGCUGUACCCCUUGACUGGGCAUUGCUCAAUAAUCUACGAAGACACGCUUUACGUAUACUCGCCAGCUGGUUUCCAGUCGCUGAAGCUUGAAGAGGGGGCAAAAUGGCAGCCAUUGCCAAUGGACAUAUCCCUCACCGGCGCCGAAUGCGUCAAGGCGGUACCCAAGGGUAACAAAAAGGACGCUAAACUCUUCAUCGUUGGAGGACGGCCCAAUGCCACGGCCGCCGACUGGAACUACCCGGGACUGAUGCACUACACAUUUGCGGAAAAGAAGUGGGAUUGGCUACGUUCGGAGAGUUGGAAUACGCAGAACAGAGUCAACCACGGCGCAGUCUACCUCCAGGACUCGCAAAAAAUUCUCGUCUACUCGGGAUCACAAGUCGAGGGCAACACCGGCGCAUCGACAGAAACCUUCCUGUACUCUACUAAAUCGCCUUACACCGUCUCCAGUCUACAAUCCUUGGGCGCACCGCCGUCGGUAAUGCCUAUGCUAAUGAACUCGGACCCCAACACUGCGCUGCUAGUCGGUGGUGGCCCCACCAACACUGCUGUCUGGAAAUUUACGCAAUCAGGAGGAUGGCAGGACCUUGGCGUUAAGCUCCAACAACCGCUUUCAAAUCAGGAACAAGUCAAGUGCACCGUCGUUUCCAGCAAAGACGGAGAAGUCGCUCUCCAGAAGUUUGACAUGAGUGUAACACCAAAUGCCGUGGAGCGGAUACUACUAUUGAACAAGGACGGUAAGCCCGCAAAUCCGGGCACCGUCGUCGGAGGCAAGUCGAAGCGGCUAGUCUUGGACAACUUCUCCUCAUAUAACGAAACAUAUGCGCCAAUGUCGACACGAUCAGGUUACUCAUUAGCUCAAGGAGAGGAUGGCAAGACCGUGGCGAGCGGAGGAAACCCCGAGGAACCCAUUGCUUUGUUCGACGCCACUGAAAACGCCUGGAUGAAUGCGACAGCUGUGUUUAGUGGACAGCAGGUGCUCUCCAACUCCGUCUCGUCUUCCAUCACAUCAUCAUCGCCAACCUCCACCUCAGAUCCAUCAGCUGCCGCCAGCUCUACCAACUCAGCAACUCCCGCGUUUCCUCCACCACCCCCUGACAACAAGGGCAGGAUGCUGACCGUCCUCGGGGCUACGCUAGGAACAAUUUUCGGCAUUGCGCUUCUUCUGGUCCUGGUCUUGUUGUGUCUCAAGUACAGGAAGAACAAGAGCAAGAAGAAUGCUGGCUACGUGGAGAAGGAGGCCCGUGAUGCUCGUAUGAGCUUUGCCGACCGCGGGGCCGACUUUAUGAAAGAAGCGGGAGGAUCAGUGGUCAACUACCAGCCCAAACACAACAACGACUCACUCACUUCGCUUGCUAUUAUCCAAGGAAGAAACACUGGCCACAAGAAGAACGCUGCGAGCGACGCCAGCACGGCAGGCCUCGUCAAGAAGACCAGCCCGCUGGGUUACUCUGAGCCCUAUGAGCUUGCCAAGUUCGACCUUAAGCCGGAACCUGCUGAUCAAAUCGUUCGCCAAAAUUCGAGCCGAGUAGCCAAACCUGCCCCAAGAGCUCGCAGCUCAGGCUGGAGCCGCUACUUUGCUAACAACGAUGCUACCAAUCUCGCAAACGCUCCACCAGCUGACCGGUCAACCUUUGCGUCGGAUCGGACCAGCAUGGACAGUGUGUCGCGGUAUACAAACUCGCACAUGUACAGCUCACGCCCCUCGCAACACAUCGCGCCACUGGAGAUUCCCAAGUUUGGAGAUAAUCAGCGUCUGAGCUCAGUGGCGAGUGGCAGUCCUACACUUGGAGCACCCCCUGCGAGCAUUGGUCUAGCACACAACAUCCAGCCUAUGCAAGCAGAGCUCGCCCGCGCCAACUCGAACGCUAGCACAAUAUCCGGCCUCAGCCACGACGGCGAUCACUACCGCCACAGGGCUGUGGAAAGCUGGACCCCAGUGGGUGAGGACCGACGAACUAGCAGUCAGUACACAGGCAGCAUGGUUAUCGAGCCCAACAGCAAGUACGACGUCAACGGCUCGUACUAUCCCGAUCCGAAUGAGUCGUUCUACCCUAAGAGCAACUUAAGUUCCUUUUACCCUGGACAAGAAAACGCACCAGUCCUUCCUGACAUGCGUGACAGCUCAUACACCAUGUUCCCUUCUGAUACUGCCGGAGCAGGAGAGGCUUCCAAGGGUCAGUUCAGCUCAAUGUACCCCACGCCACCACAGAUCAACCUGCCCAACACCCGCGAGAGUACCAGCACACUCUUCCCCAGCGGGGCAGGCGCUGCCACGAAAGCGCAACAGGACGCUGCGUUACCGAGCCCCAAGUUCGGCUCCUUCUACCCUGCGCCGCGCGCCGGACACGAGAGCAACGUGACCAUGUUCCCGGGAGGAAACAACCAGGACAGCUCAAAGAAGGUGCAAGCCGACAUGUCAUGGCUGAACAUUGGUGAGGGUGGACGAUAA